UUUAUUUGUUGAUUGAGUGGCAUCAAAAACUUCAUAUUCAUAAUCCUGUUUAUAUGAUCUUUUGAAGGAGAACAACAAUUUUGCAAUUAAUUAAAGUUCUUUUUAAAAAGUCCUUUGGAAAGACUUGUUUUUUGUGUGUGCUGCAAAUUAUAAAAAUUUCUAAACAUGCCUGUACCAACUGGCUCAUAUACUCAAGGGCCCAGCUGCUUUGAUAGAAUGAAAAUGGGUUUUGGGAUUGGAUUUUGUGUUGGCCUAGCAUCUGGGGCACUUUUUGGAGGUUUUUCUGCUUUAAGGUAUGGAAUAAGAGGCAGAGAACUCAUUCAAAGUGUUGGUAAAAUGAUGAUUCAAGGUGGUGGCACUUUUGGAACUUUUAUGGCCAUAGGAACAGGAAUCCGUUGCUAACAACUGUUUUAUCGUUCGUGUAUAUAAAUGUUUGUAUAUGCUUUCAUUCUGAAUUUUUAUUAUUUAAUACUUUAGAAUGCUUGAAAGUUUUCAAUAUUAAUAGAUGAUGGUAACAUGAA